AUGGCGAACUCUGACAGUAGGACUAGUAGAAGGUUUUUGACGUUAAGUGCUUGUAAUCUGGUUUUGGUUACUCUGUCCUUUGCACUCGAGUUAACUCUUCCAUUUGGUUUACCUACGCUGUCUUUGCCAAUUGGUCUACCUCCACCAUCUCUUCCAACUGGUCUACCUCCAAUUGGUUCAGUUUCCACCUUUGUUCCGGAUACUAGUUCAACUCCCACUGUCGUUGAGGCUACUAGUGCUACUCAACCACAUAAAAGCACCACCAGUAGCAUAUUCAUUUUUUCUUCUUCCUCCUCUUCUAUUCCCAGCUCCAGCCGAAGCUUCUCUUCACGCUCCCCCCACUCUGCCAUCAUUACCUCCAUCACUACAUCUGCCUCCUCUUUCUCAUUCUUCUCGUCUUCGUCCUCUGUCUCAUCUUCAUCUUCAUCCCUCUCCUACUCCACCACCGUCACUGGCACCUCCUCUUUCCCCACCUCUUCAAACUACUCAUCAAAUUCCAAUUCGCACAAGAGUGCAAUAGUCGGUGGUGUUGUAGGUGGUGGAGUGGCGGUGAUAAUUAUUGUAAUUGCAAUAGUGGUCUAUAGCUCGAAAAGGAGACCCAGAAAGCAAUUUUCAAGGGUGUUUGAUGGUGAUAGGACUUCCGGAACCAAUGAGCCUAGGGUGAGUGAAGGAGGUGGAAUAGGUGGACAUAUAACUGCAGCUGGUACUUGGGUUCAGGUUGACACACAGUUCAGAUCCAGUGAUGUAUGUAAUCACCCCAUAUUCGCUGAAAUAUCAACCAACAACUCCUACAACUCCUACAACUCUGACAACUCACUCAAGCUUGAGGCUGAAUUCACAUUCAGUUGUGGUGGAACGUCCACCGCGGGGUCGAUGACAUCCCCGACAGGUGUGUCUUCUAGGAGGUAUACUUCGGACAGGGCCUAUAGCAUUGACGCUGAGACUUCUUCGCCUUCGCGGGAAGAAUUAGAUGUAGGAGAGCAAGAACACGUCUCAGACGAAAUUCCGCCUACCUAUGAGAGUUUGGUGCCCCAAACUGGUGGGCCUGGGAUUCGGAACGAGGGAAGUGGGAACGUAAUGCGCGGUGGAAGUAGGAGCGAGGGUGGAGUUGGCGGAAAUGAAUGA